ACGAGACUAAAUAAAACUCAGUGAUUUUAGUCGUUUACGCCAAUGCAUCGUCGCGGGCAUGGAGUAGAGAAGCCGUGGAGCUUCUUCUGUUAAGUCAAGUCCCGCGUUAUCGUGAUAAUGUUAGUUUAAAGAUUACAACUGUUACAUUAAAAUGAACUCGGCAAGUGUUAGGGACUAUACGUUUAUUGAAACGAUCGGAGUGGGUAGUUAUGCGACCGUUUAUAAAGCAAAACGAAAGGAGGAACCAUGUGAUGUCGUCGCAAUAAAAUGUGUGGAUGCAUCGAAGUUGUCAAAAUCGGCGAUCGAAAAUCUCAUGACGGAGAUAAGUUUAUUGAAGAUAUUAAAUCACGAACAUAUCGUCAAAAUGAAGGAAUUUUUCAUGAAUGAACUACGAAUAUACAUUGUAAUGGAAUAUUGCGACGGCGGCGAUCUUUCCAAGUUCAUUAAAAAACGUAAACAAUUGCCUGAAAGUAUAUGCCAAAGAUUUUUACAACAACUAGCUUUAGCAUUGAAAUAUUUGAGAGAUCAUAACGUCUGCCAUAUGGAUUUGAAGCCGGAGAAUUUGUUGCUCGUGAGAAGACCUUAUUUGAAACUCAAACUUGGAGAUUUUGGUUUCGCACAGUACCUAUCUAAUACCGAAUACAAAUUUGCCAUACGUGGCUCACCACUUUACAUGGCACCGGAGAUCUUAUUAGAAAACAAGUACGACGCUCGUAUCGAUCUUUGGAGCGUUGGUGUGAUCAUGUAUGAGUGUCUUUUUGGAAAGGCACCUUAUUCUAGCAAUAGUUAUAAAGAAUUGGAGGAGAAAAUCAAGGAACGUCGUGCAAUCGAGAUUCCAAAAAUGCCUCCUAUUUCUCGUGAAUGCAAAAAUCUUCUGUCAUCGUUGCUCAAGCACGAUCUUGAAGCUCGCAUAAGUUUUGAUGACUUCUUCUCCAAUACAUUUUUGGAUUUGGAACAUGCACCAAGCAGAGAAAGCUAUCAGAAAGGGUUGAAACUUGCACAAGAAGCUGUUAAAAAGGAUUGUGAAAAAAAACCGCAAGAAGCAUUCCAUUUGUAUUGCGAGGCCUUGAAAUAUUUUAUUCCAUUGUUGAUCAACGAUAGCGAUCCGCAUAGAAAAGAGGCUAUGAGGUUACACGUAUACGAUUAUAUAAGUCGAGCGGAGAAACUCAAAUUGCAAUUUAAAGAUAAAGAAAAUAGUCAGGAAAAGAAAGAAAUUACCCAACAGGUGGAAGAGACAGAAUGCGUUCCAAUGACAUCGUCGACUAAAGAGUCGUCAUCCCCGAUAAAUAUAUCCCCGGGAUCAAAUUUUCACAAAUUACGAAUUCUCAGCAAAAGUACACCGAAUAUGGCCGAUGCACUCGACAUUGGAGAAAUUGCCGUGCAAUAUCUUUCUGAGGGCAAUUACAUUCGAGCUUUAGAAAAAUUUCAAUCAAGUUUAAGUGUCCUGGUAAAGAUGUUGAAUAGAGAACCACCUGGCCAUAGAAGAGAUCUACUUCACGAACAGGUGCAAUAUUGGAUGCAAACGGCGGAAAGUACAAAGGUUCUUUUGUCGACGAGGAAUAUGGAAUCUGUCCAACGUGCCGCUGAUUGCUAUAACGAGCAUUGUAUAAUACAAUAAAGAGGAAAACAAGAGAUGGUAUUGUAAAAUAGAUUAUAUAAUCUUAUUUUGAUUAAGUAUUAUGUGUUGUUAUUAUACGUCUUAUUUCUUCAAAUUUUUGACCUAAGACUGACUGACUAACUAAUUUAUAUAAGCGAGUUAUAAAUAUAUAUAUAUAUAUUUAAGAGAGAGAGAGAGAGAGAGAGAGAGAGAGAGAGAGAGAGAGAGAGAGAGAGAGAGAAGUACAUUCCUAUUUUCAUUUACAUAUAUCAUUUCUUUAUUUAUAUAGAUACGUGUAUAUAGGAUGGACCGAAAGUUAUUGGAUGAUUUGAAAACUCAAUUACUCUUUUUUGAAACUUUUUGAAUAAAUUUCUAUUUUUUGCAUUAAAAAAAAUUUUUUUUUAUUCUGCUUUUUAUUUCUUUUUUUAUUUUUUAUUUUUUAUUUCUUUUUUUCUUUUGUCAAAUCGUAUAAUUACUAGCCUAUCUUGUAAAACUUAUAAAGUUUGAAAAUUUAAUUAAGAAACAGUAAUUGUUUUGAAUUCAUCUGAAAUUUUUGGCCCAUCUAGAAAUUUUUGACUUACCUUAUGAUAAUUAUAUAUAUGUAUAUUCAAUGUUUCUUAUUUUCUUUUUUACUUAAGUCAUCCCGCCGUAGUUCACCGAAAAAAACUUUUUAUUCUUCGCAUUAUUAUGCGUACGCGAAAGAACGUUAAAAUCUAAUGCGGGUGAUUCACAAAAGAUUUUUUGUAUCUUUUUUUAUUCACGCGCAUAAUUUUCUCGUAAAACGGUAAAGCUUGUUCCUGUAAAAAAAAAAAAAAAAAAAAAAAAAAAAGAAAGAAAGAAAAGAAACAAACAAACAAAAAAGAAAAUAUAAACAAAAGAAAUAUAUAUUUUAAUGUAUUUUUAUCUUGUAACGAUAUUAUUGAUGAGUACUAAUAAAAUCAAGCUUGUUUCAUUCAAAUACCAUUUUGUUCCUUCAAAGAAUAUACAAAUAAAAAAAUAAGAAGAAAAUAAAUGAAUAAAUAAAUAAAUUAAUUAUUUAAAAAGAUCAUACUAAAUUAAUUUAAUUAAUCAAGAAAACUAAUGAGUUCUGAUAAAAUUCUGCUUUUUUAUUGAUCAUUGUAUUCUCGAAAAAAAAAAAAAAACAGUAAGUAAGCAAAAUAGUUAUAAAAAUAAAGUAUAAUAAAUUAUAUUGUAAAAAAAAAAAAAUUUUUUUUUUAAACUCGGUGCAUUCUAAACGGUUCAAAUAGAAAAGGAAAAAGAAACGUACUCGCACAACUAUGCUUUUUAUAAAUAUAUACAAACUAACUGAUACUCACGAGAGACCGACGUGACCAUACGCGUGACCACGAUAAUUUCCGUUUUAUAUUUAUAAAAACGGAUGAAAAUAUUUCAAGCACAUGUCAAUUUUAUGUGUGUAUGCGUGUAUAUAUAUGUAUGUGUGUGUGUGUGUGUAAAAUUAUAUGAAAGAAUUAUGUAUAUAAAUUGUAUUAAAUAUAUUCACAUUUCUUUGCUUGUUAUUGAAGAAACCUA